UUUAAAAAUGUCGGAAAUAGAAACAAAUCAUAAUGAUGAAAUUGAGCAUGCAAGCAUCAAAAUGAUAAAAGUUGAGCCUAAUUUGUCUGAGGUAUCAUCAGAAGAAAGCGACGAAUCUACGGAUCGCAACGAUAGAAGCGGGGACGAUACGACGAGAUCAAAACCUGCGAAUUCAAGUAGCUUUUCCAUUGACAAUUUAUUAGGAUUGAAGCGAUCUUCACAAAUGGAAGAAAAUGCGGUGCCAGAAAAACGUCUCCGCUUGAAUCAAGUCCCUUACCCCUUCUUUCCCCCAAUGGCCCCAAUCUCUCCACCGGAGAAACUACCAGAAUCGGACGAAUCUGAAAGCGAUGGACAAGCCCAACCACAGAACCUUACAUCUUUUCAAUCGCUUCCCGGGCGCAUGAAUCGUUUACCCCCAUUUAUGGAUCCAAACAUUGCAUUAGCCAUGUCUUUAUCAAAUCCUCCUUUACUUCAUUCGGACAUUAGAAAUCAAAAUUUUUCAGCAAUGCUUUAUCACCAAAGACAAUUCCAGGAUUUUAAUCCGCCCGGAUUGGAGCGUGUUAGCAAUCCAGCAAGUGCAUACUUCAAUUUUAUCCGAAAUAACAUUCAAAAUGCAAAUAUAAAGCAUGACGAUUUUGCAAGUCAGUAUCACAAAUUACAGAAUAUUAUAUUGCUUCAUCAACGAAUGCAAAGGCAAUGUGAACAUCGUGAGCAGUCAGUAUCCACGAAGUUGGAAAACUCACAAUUUUUGGGAAGCUACCUCGACCGUUCAAAAUGCAAUCGCCGGCAGUCGUCCAAUUCACCUAAAAGUACAACCGAAAAGUCAAAUUCAAGCGAAGAUUGCACGAACGAGAAACCCAUACAUUCCAAAUCAGAAGACAAGCAUUCAAAGCCAAUGUCUCUUGAAUUAGAAAGAAAAAGACGAAACAGAACGAUAUUUACCAGCGAGCAAGUUGAAGAACUGGAAGCAGCUUUCAAGAAAGCGCAUUAUCCAGAUGUCGCAGAAAGAGAAAAGCUGGCUGAAACUACAAAAUUGGAAGAGGACAGAAUACAGGUGUGGUUUCAAAACAGAAGAGCGAAAUGGAGAAAGCAAGAAAACCAGUGGGGACAUAGCAGCAUAAUGGCGGAGUAUGGGCUUUACGGCGCAAUGGUGCGACACUCGAUUCCACUUCCGCAAAGUGUGAUUAACACCAAAGAUAGCUUCAAAAACAGAGCAUUCACUCCGUGGUUAUUAGAAAUGCAUAACAAAUCACUCCAGAAUAAUGCGAAAGCAGCAGCAAAGCAGUACGAGGAAAACAUGACUGCAUGUGAUGUAAACAGGAACGAAAUCAAACAUGGGAUUCCACAUUGAUGAAUGCUGAUGUCAACCUGAGAAAAUGCUCAUAUUUUCGACCCACGGAGACAUUUUCCGUCUACGAGUGAAAAGCAUGAAAGUCAUCUCGCAACCAUACGGCUAGAGCUGGCAGCGAUAUCAGUUAAUAUGACGCAUCAACUGGUCGAAAUCUGUUUUGGUGGCCAUUUCCAGUACGGCAAUAAAGUCUGAUAAAGAAGGGUUAUUAUUCACAACCAGCAUUUCAGAAUUUUGCACUGUUGCUAUUUCAUGUUCCUUGUCAAUUUGGAUUUGUCGUAAUGAACAUUAUGUAUUGUUAUUUAUACAGAGUUACAAAUUCACGCAUUAAAAGUUGUAUUGAGACAAAAUGUUUAUUACAUGUAAAACAACGUAACGCAAAAUAAACUAAUAACAGUCUGUCGUUUCCAACGUGUCGUGUAUUUAAUGGAUGUGCAUUUUACACCCAACCCAGCAAUCAGA